CAUGUGCAGGCACUGCCGAGAGAGAAGAUUACCAAGAAGCCUAUCCCUGAAGAGCACCUUAUUCUGAAGACGACCUUUGAAGCUCUUAUCCAGAGGUGCCUGCUGUCUGCCUCUGAUCCGCAAACCAAGAGGAAACUAGAUGAUGCAAAUAAGCGUCUGGAGUCUCUAUACGACAAACUUAGGGAACAGACACUCUCUCCAACCAUCAUUAGCGGUUUGCACAACAUUGUGAAGAGCAUCGAAAGCCGCAACUACCAGGAAGGACUGAACAUCCACACGCACAUCGUCAGCACCAGCAACUUCAGCGAGACCUCUGCUUUCAUGCCUGUUCUGAAAGUUGUCCUUACCCAGGCCAAUAAGUUGGGUGUCUGAAGUAGCCCUGCCUUUGCAAAGCCUUGACGGUUGCUUUUCCAAAGAAGUGCAUUUCUACAGCAAACAUGCAGGAAAUGGACCAAACGCUAGUCCUUACAGCAUGUCACAGUAGAUAGAGCACUGACAAACGGCAUUACGCUCUCCCUGCAAAAUUCUUUAUUCCAGGAGGGCUGUGGAGCCCUGGUGCUUUGUUUUUAUUUUAAUCCUUUACCCAUCCCUAAUGAUUCUUGUCUACAAAUAGUAUAUUUAAUGGAUGAUGCCCCGUAUUUUCAAUUUUUAGAUGCAUGUUAUACUGCUAAACAGUGGCUUUUAAUAAGAUACACAUGUUAAAACAAGAUAGGUUGUGUAUCAGACCCUAAAACAGAUUCUUCCCUUCUGCCCACUGUUCCCUAUCCCCACCAGAUUAAAGAGUCUGAUC